CAAAAUCGUGAUAGGAAACAAGACCAGUAGGUUACUUCCAAGAUCUCUUUGGGUAUCAUAUAUCAUUGAUAAUUAGACUGCAGGUUUUUAUGCAAAAUAAAACUUGUAGAGCAUCAAUUUGAAGAAUGAAAUUUAAUAAGAACGCUCUCUAAUUUUUUAAACGUAAUGGAGUGCAUUUUGCUGUUGAUACUUUAUGCACUUUUUAUACUACAUGUAUUUCUUCUGCUUUUUACAUACAUAAUUCUCUUAUAAAUGCGUAAGAUCCACAGUCUGUUAAUAACACUAAAAAUAAAACUGACUUUGAAUAGAAGCUUUUAGCUAAACGUGGAUAAACGUGAAUUCAUAAAUAUAAUAAAAGUGUUUUAACAAAAGAAUGAAACGAAAUGAGAUACAAUUAUUAUGUUACAAGGUCAACGCAGUAGUCACAGCAUUACUACAAAGGGUAUGGUUAUUCAAUAUUGAUGAUAAUAUCCAUUACAAAAAAAGUAUUUUUUACAUAUAAUACUAGUCAAUAUUCAUUUAAUUCCAGCUUUUCGAAACUGAGAAAUCGUCAGGGCUCGGAUUGUUACAGCAUUAAAUUCUUUAUUUCUAUUAAGGUAGCUUUUCCCAAAAUCGAAAAUAUUGAGAAUGGUUUGAAAUAUUUAAAAAAAAAUAAUGUAGGUAUCAAAGACUAUUUUGAGAGGAAACAAAAGGAUAGAAAAUCUAUGAGGAGGUGCUGAACAAGUUAAAUAAAUAUGAAGAUUCGGAACCUUCGCAGGAGGGUUAUGUAAUGUUCCUAAUUUAUACUAUUUAAAUAGCGAAUCCGUUUCAUUGUUACAAGUCAAAUAACACCUAUGUGUUCGGUCCGAUUGUUAACGAUACACAUAGGUGCACGCCAAACGGAGCUUAUUCCCGAACGCGCACACAAGAAAGGCGAGUGUACACAUAUACACACGCACGCACACAUACGUACGAUACGAUAGAUAGGACAGAAAAACGAAAAUCGUCGUUUCGAUCGAUAUGCCUGAUUCGAAUCCCAAGGCAACAGGCAUCGAGCAUCGGUUUAAAAAUGUACACCCUACGCUAUGCAAGUAGAACGACUAAGCGGAAGCAUCGCGACGCAUUAGGAAAAUGCGCAAAAUUGCCAACAGGCCACCAAAUCCGUGUGUACGAUUAAACGACAUAAGGUUAGAUAACGAAUAAUAUGCUUUCCGAAUAGUUACCAAACCCAUAUGUUUAAACGCGUAUGUACGCUGCAGGUUCAUUCCGAAUGGAAAUUACGCGUCGUAAAGGAUAUCGAAAUUUCGCACACAUCUACGCAAAACGAUAUUUCCAACGAUAUAGAGGAUCUGACACGUUCAGUUCAACCACCGAGGAGAGCACCAAAGAUGCUAGAUAGAGCCGAUAGAGGACGGGAGCCACCUCAGCCACCAAGAAUCAGCCCCUCCACUUACGCACCGUAUCAGUUUUCUCCGAGCUCAAUUUCUCGGCUCAACUUCGGCUCAGUAGAGAGAAAAGGCGAAAUAUCAGUCUGUUGCUCUUGCUUCUGAUGCAUUAAAGUCCAAGCGGCAUGCAGCGUGCAGUGGUGCCAGGGUUCGUAUAAUUUUUCCCGCACGGCUCGCUUCCCCUCUUUUUCGCCCGUAUUUUGAUCCCCACUACUAUUCUCCU